AUGGCACCUCUAUCCAAGAUUGCGCUGGUUACGUUGGGUGUGAUCAACGGGGCCAACGCGUGGGGUGUUUGGGCCACGCGACCGUGGCAUAUAUUGCCCAACAUUACGUUUCCGCGGACACUGCAGCAUGGUGUUCUGGGUGACACUUCUACUUCGUACCUAGCUAAUAUUGCUUCAUGGGCUGAUACAUAUCGCACCACUACCGCGGGCAAAUGGUCGGCUCCAUUGCACUUCAUUGAUGCGGAAGAUGACCCUCCGACCACCUGCAAUGUGAACUAUGAACGUGACUGUGGCAGUACAGGGUGCUCAAUCUCUGCCAUUGCCAACUACACCCAGCGUGCGGGCGAUGGCCGACUCACCUCGGAUCAUGUGGCAGAAGCCGUCAAAUUUCUUGUACACUUCCUGGGGGACGUAACUCAGCCGCUGCACGACGAGGCGUACGAAGUGGGCGGGAACGAUAUCAAGGUCACCUUUAACGGCUACAGCGACAACCUUCACUCGGACUGGGAUACAUACAUGCCCGAACAAUUAAUCGGCGGUUAUUCUCUUUCAGAUGCGCAGUCGUGGGCAAACAGCCUGAUCAGCGAGAUCACUUCCGGCAGCUAUAAGUCCCAAGCAGCGAGCUGGGUCGCGGGCGACACGAUCAGUGAUCCUAUCACCUCUGCCACUCGAUGGGCUUCCGAUGCAAAUGCCUUCGUCUGCACUGUUGUGAUGCCGAAUGGAGCGGCAGCUUUGCAGACCGGCGAUCUCUAUCCCACGUACUACGACUCAGUGAUCGACACCAUCGAACUACAGAUUGCGAAAGGUGGCUACCGUCUCGGGAACUGGCUCAACAUGAUCUAUAGCUCUGAGAUCGCCAAGCGCGAUCUUGAAGACUUUGUCAAGCAGGACCAAGGAACGGAUUCUGGUCCCGAUCUGAUGGGUCGUGAUUUGCUUCCGGAGCCUCGGCCGCUGACUCGGGCAAAGCUGGCUAGGGCAGCCAUGGAUGGAUCAUGCUGUAGCUCAGGUGAGCAUGACCAUGCUCAUUGA